GAUAACUUUAUUCCUAAUCCUAUGAACAUAUUGACUUCCAUUAAUAUAGCUAUGAAUUUCAGAGCUGAAGAAUCAUCGUCUUCAACCUCAAGCCACGUCCUUAACAAGAAAUCUGUAAAUCCAUGCCAGAAAACUAGUACUACUGUUACUACUACUAAUACUUCUACUUCAGAGACGAUGAAGAAGAAAAAAUCUGGAAGGAAGAAGUUCAAAGAGACUCGUCACCCGGUCUACAAAGGCGUAAGACAGAGAAAGGGAAAGUGGGUUUGCGAGCUGAGACAACCCGGCCAGAAGAACAAGUCUCGCUUGUGGCUCGGAACCUUCUCUUCCCCGGACAUGGCCGCUAGGGCUUACGACGUCGCCGCCUUGGCCGUAAAGGGCGACUCCGCUUCGCUGAACUUCCCCGAUUCCGCCGGGGACAUGCAACGACAUGGUUCUCUGUUGUCGUCGUCGUCCUUGCAGUCGGUAAGUGAAGUUGUAGGGUGUGCAGCACCGAUUGCGGCGGAGGUGGAGGCGGUUUUGGAAAGAAAUAACGGGAGUAGUACCUGUGCAAUUUUGUCGUCGGUGUCGGCGUCGGCGUCGGCAUCGGCGUCAACGGCGUGCAUGGAGAGAGGAGAGAGAUGGGAAUCUGACGGUUUAAAAACUGUUUACGUAGAUGAGGAGGAGUUGUUUAAUAUGCCGGGAUUGCUUGAUAGCAUGGCGGAGGGGUUGAUUCUCACUCCACCAAGCCUGCAAAGUGGUUUUCGUUGGGACGAUUAUGUUAAUUUGGAUGAAUAUUCUGGUGACUCCAACUUCUCUUUGUGGACUGACUGAUGUAUUAUAUUAAGCAUGCCUUUCGUUUAUAGAUUUGAAUCAUAAU